AUCAUUAUUACUACGAGAGAUAAGCAUUUACUAACUUCUUAUGGGAUAGAUGAAGAUCACAUCUAUCAAGUUAAACCUCUAGACUAUUGUGAAGCUCGUGAACUUCUCAAUGGACAUUCUCUUAUGAGAAACAACAAAAUAAUAAGUAGUGAUCUUGUGGAUAGGGCUUUGCAUUAUGCUAAUGGACUUCCUCUAGCACUUAAGGUAUUGGGCUUUUUGCUUUGUGGUAGAAGAGAAUGUGAGCAAGAAAGUGCAUUGGAUAAAUGUGUCGAAAGUCCUGAUAAAAACAUCAAUGAUGUUCUUAAGUUAAGUUAUGAUGAAUUGGAGGACUAUGCAAAGGAAAUCUUCCUUGAUAUUGCUUGUUUCUUUAAGGGGCAAUCUAGAGAGUACAUUAUGCAAGUUCUUGACUCUUGCGACUUUCGCACAACUAUUGGAGUACAAGUUCUUGUUGAGAAGUCCUUGAUAAUUGAAGAGAAAGAGACCCUACAGAUGCAUAACUUGUUUCAGUUAAUGGCCAUGGAUAUUGUUAAACAACAAUGUCCUUAUGACCCUAGAAGACGCAGCAGGUUAUGGCUUCUUGAUGAUGUUCUUAAUGUUCUAUCCCAAAAAAUGGUGCCAAUUGCGGUAGAGGCCAUAGCUUUGGAUUUGCCCAAGCCAGAAGAGAUAUACAUCGGUGUUAAUGGUUUCAAAGACAUGAGAAGGUUGAGGGUGCUCAUCAUGAUUAAUGUGCGCAACUCUUUCCAAGGUGUUAUCGGCCUUCCUAAUGGACUAAAAUGGUUUGAAUGGCCUUGCCCUCCUUGGAUUCCAGAGAUUAUCUCUGGUCCAAAGCAGAUAGCUGGACUGGAUAUGCCCAGAAGCAACAUUGUAGUGAGGGAGCAACUUACGGUGCGCAUUUAAAUAAGUAGUGUUUAUUAUCUCAUAUUUUAUAUAUCCAUAUCUAGAAGCAUAUGAAUAUGACUAUUUAGGUGUUAUUGAAAACUUUGAAUGCAACAACUACUAACUCUGGUGAUGCUUAUUAAUGUGCUUAUGAAAUAUCUACAUCUUUUAAAUU